AUGCCAUUUUAUCAGUUUCUGUUUCAUAUCUAUCUAUCUAUCUAUCUAUCUAUCUAUCUAUCUAUCCAUCUAUCUAUCUAUCUGUCUGUCUGUCUAUUUGUCUUGGAAGAUUCAAUGCCAUUUUAUCAAUUUCUUUUUCAUAUCUAUUUUGAAAAAAUCAAUGCCAUUCUCUCAAUUCUUAUUUCAUAUCUAUCUAGCCAUCUAGCUAUUUUGAAAAACUCAAUGGUAUUCUAUCAAUUUAUUUUUCAUAUCUAUCUAUCUGUCUUUCUCUGCUUUUCUUUGUUUCUCUGUGAAUAUCUUAUAACUGCGCCCUUAUAUUCAGUCUUUCGGUAUGUUUGUGCUUGGUUUAUAUCUAUCUAUCUAUCUAUCUAUCUAUCCCAAAAAGUUAUUAUGUAUCACAAACUGUUUCUAUCUCUCUCUCUCUCUCUAUAUAUAUAUAUAUAUAUAUAUGUACAAUUCUGUUAUUGUCUAUCUAUCCAAAAUUGUUUCUAUCUAUCUAUCUAUCUAUCUAUCUAUCCAAUGUGUGCCUAUAUAUCUAUCUUAAUCUGUUCGUAUCUAUCUGUCUAUCUAUCUAUAUUUUUUCUAUAUAUUUAUCUAUGCAAUUAUGUUUCUACCUAUCUCUCCCAAUCUGUUUAUAUCUAUCUACCCAAUCGGUUUCUUUCUAUCUAUCUAUCUAACUAUUCCAGUCGGUUUCUUUCUUUCUGUCUAUCUCUCCCAGACGGUUUCUAUCUAUCUAUCUAUCUAUCUAUCUAUCUAUCCCAAUCGGUUUAUAUCAAUCACUUUUUUCGAUAUAUGUAUCCCAUUUUUUCUGUAUAUACACAUUUGUUUCUAUCUAUCCCAAUCUGUUUCUUUCUGUUAAUUUAUCUAUCUGUCUAA